GUUAGCCGACAUCAUGCUGCUGCUAGCAGGGCGUCAUGGCGGUGCCGGUGCCGGUGCCCGCCUGGCGUGGGUGGGUCUGGUUCUGUGCUGCUGCUGCUGCCUGGUGGACCUCGGGUCCGCUCUGGAGUUCACGGGCGCCGAGGGCCAGUGGGCCACUUUCCCCAUGUGGAACGCGUGCUGCGAGAGCGAGAUGAGCUUUAACAUGAAGACCAGGUCGGGACAACGCGGCGGCGGCGGCGGCGGCCGGCUGCUCGUCUACUUCGACGACGACGGCUUCUGCGACUUCCUGGAGCUGCUGCUGCGCGCCGACGGCAAACUCAGCCUGCGCUUCUCCAUCUUCUGCGCCGACCCGGCCACCGUCGUCACGGACACGGCGGUCGACGACGGCCAGUGGCACUCCGUCACCGUCAGGAGGAGCUUCAAGAACACCACGCUCGUCCUGGACCGGAGGGAGGUGAAGUGGGUGGAGGUCAAGUCCAAGCGGCGCGACAUGACGGUGUUCAGCCAGCUGUUCCUGGGCGGGAUCCCCCCGGAUCUAAAGGCACAGGCGUUACGGCUAACGUCGCAGGUCGUCAAGGAUACGGCGCCUUUCGCCGGAUGGAUAACCGACUUGAGGGUGAACAACACGGAGCCGGCGCUGGUCAGCAGUGCGGGUGUCAUUGACAACAAUAACAACGAUGACCUCUGCGGUGUCUCGGACAUCCUGUGUCUAAACGGAGGGGUGUGUAGCGUGGUGAACGACGAGGCGACAUGCGACUGCACAGAUACAGGAUACCAGGGCAAGGACUGCAGCGAAGAAGACAUCGACUAUGGCGAAGGUCUUGCGCACUUGAUGAUGGGCGACCAAGGUAGGUCUUCCUCGCCGCUCCUCCUCCUCUUCCUCUCAUCCUCA